AUGGCUGCAGUCGACACCUCAAAACCGAUUGCGUUCUGCGAACAUCUACAACUCUCAAGUUUGGGCAUCCAGCCCGCCUCAAUAUCCUUCCAGACUCUGACAUUAGAGUCUGAUCAAUAUAUCUGUAUACGCGAAAAAGUUAACGAACAAGGGCAAGUCGUCAUCGUAGACCUGUCCGAUGCCAACAAUGUUCUUCGUCGGCCCAUUUCUGCUGACUCUGCAAUUAUGCAUCCAAGGCAAAAGAUUUUGGCAUUGAAAGCUCAACGCACACUACAGAUCUUCGACAUUGACAAGAAGCAAAAGGUCAAAUCUCAUAUCAACAACGAGGACAUCGUAUUCUGGAAAUGGGUGUCAGAUACAACUAUUGGGAUGGUGACGGAGACCGCCGUAUAUCACUGGACAAUCGCAGACGCGACCUCGCCUCCUCAAAAAAUCUUCGACCGACAUCCCACACUUGCUGGCUCACAGAUCAUCAAUUAUCGCGUGACACCAGACGAGAAAUGGCUGGUCCUUGUUGGUAUCUCUGGCAAUACCACUAACCCCUCUGCAUUCAAAAUAAAGGGCUCGAUGCAACUCUACAGCAGAGAACGUGGUGUCAGUCAACCCAUUGAAGGUCACGCUGCAGCAUUUGCAGAAUUGAAGUUGGACGGACACCAGAAACCCACCAAGUUGUUCACAUUUGCUGUCAGGACAGCAACAGGUGCCAAGCUUCAUGUCGUCGAAAUUGACCACCAACCCCCUGAUGCUCCAUUCACUAAGAAAGCUGUUGAUGUUUACUUCCCCCCUGAAGCAACCAGCGAUUUCCCUGUAGCGAUGCAGGUCUCUAAGAAACAUGGUAUUGUCUACCUCGUCACCAAGUUCGGUUUUAUCCAUCUGUACGACCUCGAGUCCGGUGCUUGUGUUUACAUGAACAGAAUUUCUGGGGAAACCAUUUUCGUCACUGCUGAGCACGAGGCGACAAAUGGUAUCAUCGGUGUUAACAAGAAAGGUCAGGUCCUGAGUGUCAACGUGGACGAGCAAACCAUCAUCCCUUAUAUCUUGACAACUCUCAACAACACCGACCUUGCAUUCAAGCUUGCCAGCCGCGGCAAUCUUCCUGGCGCUGAUGAUUUGUAUGUCAAGCAAUACCAGCAACUUUUCCAAUCUGGUCAAUUCGGUGAGGCAGCCAAAGUUGCUGCAAACUCGCCGAGAGGGAUCCUGCGAACCACCGCUGUUAUUGAGUCGUUCAAGCAAGCACCUGCUCCUCCUGGUGGUCUUUCUCCUAUCCUCCAAUACUUCGGUAUUCUCCUCGAGAAGGGAGAACUUAACCACCUAGAGUCUCUUGAACUUGCUCGACCGGUUUUGCAACAAGGAAGGAAGCAACUCUUGGAGAAGUGGUUGAAGGAGAACAAGCUGACAUGCAGCGAAGAGCUCGGUGAUAUUGUUCGUCUGCACGACAUGACCUUAGCCCUCAGUGUCUACCUUCGUGCCAACGUCCCCAACAAGGUCAUCGCGUGCUUCGCCGAGACUGGCCAAACGGACAAAAUUUUGUUGUACGCCAAAAAAGUCGGUUAUACUCCCGACUACGUACAACUUCUGCAGCACAUCAUGCGUACCAACCCUGAGAAAGGUGCCGAAUUCGCUGCCCAGCUCGCGAACGACGAGAGCGGGCCCCUGGUCGACAUUGAACGUGUGGUUGAUAUUUUCAUGUCGCAAAAUAUGAUCCAGCCUGCAACAUCCUUCUUGCUUGAUGCUUUGAAGGACAACAAGCCUGAGCAAGGACACCUGCAGACACGUCUUCUCGAACUCAACCUUGUCCAUGCUCCGCAGGUCGCAGAUGCCAUUCUUGGUAACGAGAUGUUUACUCAUUAUGAUCGUCCAAGAAUUGCGAACCUAUGCGAAAAGGCCGGUCUGCUGCAGCGUGCCCUUGAACAUUACGAAGACAUCGCCGACAUCAAGCGUGCCAUUGUCCACACGACUGGACUCACUCCUGAUUGGUUGGUCAACUAUUUCAGCCGUCUGACAACCGAGCAAUCGAUGAUUUGCUUGCAAGAGAUGCUCCGUGUUAACAUCCGCCAGAAUCUCCAAGUCGUCAUCCAAAUUGCCACCAAGUACUCAGACAUCUUGGGCCCCAUCAAACUUAUUGAAAUGUUCGAGAGCUUCAAGACCUUCGAGGGUCUAUACUACUACCUGGGAUCCAUCGUCAACCUCAGCGAAGAUCCCGAGGUCCACUUCAAAUACAUCCAGGCCGCCACGCGGACUGGUCAGAUUCGUGAAGUCGAGCGUAUUUGCAGAGAGAGUAACUUCUACAACCCUGAGAAGGUCAAGAACUUCCUCAAGGAAGCCAAGCUUGCGGACCAACUGCCUCUCAUUAUCGUUUGCGACCGAUUCGACUUUGUCCAUGACCUUGUUUUGUACUUGUAUCAGAACAAUCUGACCAAGUUUAUCGAGGUCUAUGUCCAGCGCGUCAAUUCUGUGCGCACUCCUCAAGUCGUCGGUGGUCUGUUGGAUGUCGAUUGCGAUGAAGCGACGAUCAAGAGUCUGUUAAGCUCUGUCUCUGGCAACUUCCCUAUUGAUGAGUUGGUGCAUGAGGUCGAGCAGCGUAACAGGUUGAAGUUGAUCUUGCCUUGGCUCGAGGCCCGCGUUCAGGCUGGUAGCCAGGACCCCGCCAUCUUCAAUGCUGUUGCCAAGAUAUACAUUGACAGCAAUAACAAUCCAGAGCAGUUCCUCAAAGAAAACAAUUUGUAUGAGCCCUUGGUCGUUGGUAAAUUCUGUGAGGCCCGCGACCCCUACUUGGCCUAUAUUGCGUACGCCAAGGGUCUCUGCGACGACGAGCUAAUCGCAAUUACGAAUGACAACUCGAUGUUCAAACAGCAAGCUCGUUAUCUCAUCAAGCGUCGUCAACCUGAUCUUUGGGCACAAGUUCUCGUUCAGGAGAAUGUUCAUCGCCGCGCUUUGAUUGACCAGCUUGUUGCCACUGCUCUGCCAGAGUGCACAGAUCCUGAUGACGUUUCGAUCACCGUCAAGGCCUUCCUGCAAGCUGACCUCCCAAUGGAACUUAUCGAGCUCCUGGAGAAGAUCAUCAUCGAACCCUCACCGUUUAGUGACAACAAAAACCUUCAGAACCUCCUUCUUCUCACCGCCAUCCGUGCAGACAAAGGCAAGGUUGUUGGUUACAUCAACAAGCUGCAGAACUACGAUGCCGCUGAUAUCGCCAGGAUUGCUACUGAGCAUGGGCUCUACGAAGAGGCUUUGACAAUCUACAAGAAGCACGAGCAACAUGCAAUGGCCAUCAAUGUUCUUGUGGAACAUAUCGUCUCCAUUGAUAGAGGUUUGGAGUACGCCAACAAGGUCAACCAGCCUGAAGUUUGGAGUCGCCUAGCCAAAGCUCAGCUUGACGGUCUUCGUAUCAAAGACUCUGUUGAAUCUUACAUCAAGGCUCAAGACCCCUCCAACUUUGCUGAAGUCAUUGAGAUUGCCAACCAUGCUGGCAAGCACGACGAACUCGUUCGCUAUCUCCAAAUGGCUCGCAAGACGCUGCGUGAACCCAAGAUCGACACCGAGCUGGCCUACGCCUAUGCUAAGACUGAUCGUCUGCACGACAUGGAAGAUUUCCUUGGCAUGACUAACGUCGCUGAUAUUUUGGAGGUCGGCGAGAAAUGCUUCGAAGAUGAGCUCUACCAAGCUGCGAAGCUUCUGUUUACCAGCAUCUCGAAUUGGGCUCGUUUGGCCACUACUUUGAUUUAUCUGGGCGAAAAUCAGGCAGCUGUUGAAAGUGCUCGCAAGGCUGGCAAUACCCAGGUCUGGAAGCAAGUGCACGCUGCUUGCAUUGAGAAGUCUGAAUUCCGCUUAGCCCAAAUUUGUGGUCUCCACAUCAUUGUCCACGCUGAGGAAUUGUCUGCCCUCAUCACCCUCUAUGAGCGCAGAGGUCACUUCGAGGAGAUCAUCAGUCUUCUGGAAGCUGGUUUGAGCUUGGAGCGUGCCCAUAUGGGUAUCUUUACUGAACUCUCAAUCUUGCUGAGCAAGUACAAGCCCGCAAAACUCAUGGAGCAUCUCAAGCUCUUCGUCGCCCGCAUCAAUAUUCCUAAGGUCAUCAAGGCCACCGAGAAGGCGCAUCUAUGGCCAGAGCUUGUGUUCUUGUACAUCAAAUAUGAUGAAUUCGACAAUGCUGCCCUCGCUAUGAUUGAACGAUCUGCUGAUGCUUGGGAGCACAAUCAGUUCAAGGAUGUCAUCGUCCGCGCUGCCAACGUGGAAAUUUACUACAAGGCUUUAACUUUCUACCUCCAAGAGCAACCUACUCUUCUGACCGACCUUCUCACCGUCCUCAUUCCUCGAAUUGACCACAGUCGCGUUGUCCGUACUUUCAGACAGAUCGAUCAUAUCCCCCUCAUCCGCUCGUAUCUCAUUGCUGUUCAGCAUUUCAACCUCGAGGCUGUCAACGAUGCAUACAAUGACCUUCUGAUUGAAGAGGAAGACUACAAAACUCUCCGGGACUCAAUCGACAGUUUCGAUAACUUCAACAACAUCAGCUUGGCCAAACGCCUGGAGAAGCACGAGUUACUUGAAUUCCGUCGACUUGCUGCGCAUCUUUACAAGAAAAAUUCUCGUUGGGAAGAAUCGAUAGCUCUUUCUAAACAAGACAAAUUGUACAAAGAUGCCAUGAUCACCGCUGCUGCUUCUGGAUCAACAGAGGUCGCCGAGGAACUGCUCUCAUACUUUGUCGACAUCGGUAACAAAGAGUGCUUCGCUGCUAUGCUUUACAUUUGCUUCGACCUCCUUCGUUCAGAUGUCGUUGAAGAGCUAUCAUGGCAACAUGGCUUGAACGACUUCUACAUGCCUUACAAAAUCCAAGUGCAGCGAUCACUAGUGGAGAAGCUGGCACAAUUGGAAAAAGAGGUCAAGGAACGAUCAAAGAAAGAUGCACAAAAAGAGCAGACGGAAGCCGAAGCUCCUAUAAUCAACCCAGGAGGCUUUGGCAAUCUGCUUCUCACCAACGGCAUUGUGGGGCAAGCGCCACCAAUGAAUGGAAUGAUGCCUGCCAUGACGGGGUAUGGGGGUUAUUGA